UCAACUGCAUGACGUCAUUUAUCCUGCUAAAAAAGUUAGGCUACUGCAAAACUGAGCCGGGAUAUGAACCUUCCUUGGAAAAUGUGACGGGAUUUAGCGGACAAUUUCCCUAGAACUGGAUUUAAGAUUUUUGGAUGUGUAGAUUGAAAACACCCCAUUGUAACUCAUGCUGGAUCACGAUGAGAACUUUCUGAGAAGAAAAAAAAUCGACGACACACAGAAAUUAGCUAUAUGGAGGAACUGGAAGGUACACAUGGACGCCACUGUGCGGGUUGCGGAGGAGUGAUUCAAGAUGCAUUCAAUGUGAAGGUUCUGCAAGGAACUUGGCACAAUACCUGUUUUCAGUGCUCGGAAUGCUGUGACCACCUGACCAACUGGUACUAUGAGAAGAAUGGCAAGCUGUACUGCCGUAAACACUACUGGGAGAAGUUUGGGGAGCUGUGUCACGGCUGUUCUCUGCUCAUGAUUGGACCUGCCAUGGUGGCUGGAGAAUACAAGUAUCACCCAGAAUGCUUUGUAUGUCUGAGCUGCAAGGUGGUCAUCGAGGACAGAGACACCUACGCCUUGGUGGAGCGAUCCAAGCUGUACUGUGGGAAAUGCUAUAAGCAGGUAGUCCUGGCACCCGUGUUGGAGAAGCGUUCGGCCGAUUCGGCCCUGGACUCUCUGCCCCACACGGUCACCCUCAUCUCCAUGCCCUCUGCCACCAACAGCAAGAGGGGCUUCUCUGUCUCUGUCCUAAGAGACGUUGCCAGCGGCUCCGCUAGCGUUCAAGUCAAAGAGGUCAGAGGAAUGCAUAUCAGCCCGGAAGUUCGGAAUGCCAUCCAUGUUGGUGACCGGAUCCUGGAGAUCAACGGUCUUCCAGUGGGAACACUGAUGGAGGAAGAGGUGGAGGACCUCAUUCAUCGGACCAGUCAGACGCUGCAUCUGCUCAUAGAGUAUGAUCCAGUCAGGCAGCGGUUGGACAGGCUCCGACUGGGGUCCUCGCACAACCGCUUGGGGGUCCCCGCCACCUCCCGCAUGCGCCUGUCUUCGCCCUCUGACAGUGUCCUGGAGAGGACAGAUCUGGUGGAUGAUGCCACUCUAAAGAGGAGGUCUCUAAGGCGUAGCAACAGCAUCUGUAAGUCCCCUGGGCCAGCCUCCCCUAAGGAACACCCUAUCUUGACCCGGGACAUCGGGCGCUCUGAAUCCCUGCGCUCCUCCAGCAGCUGCUCUCAUCGCAUCUUCCGCCCCUGUGACCUCAUCCAUGGAGAGGUGCUGGGCAAGGGCUUCUUUGGCCAGGCUAUCAAGGUGACCCACAAAGCCACUGGUGAGGUGAUGGUGAUGAAGGAGCUGAUUCGCUGUGAUGAGGAGACCCAGAAGACCUUUCUAAAGGAGGUUAAAGUGAUGAGGAGUCUGGAACAUCCCCACGUGUUGAAGUUCAUCGGCGUGCUAUACAAGGACAAGAGGCUUAAUUUAAUAACGGAGUUUAUCGAGGGAGGCACACUGAAGGAUUUCAUUAGAGACAUGGACCAGUUUCCAUGGGAGCAGAGGGUCAGCUUCGCUAAAGGUAUUGCUUCUGGAAUGGCCUACUUGCAUUCAAUGAGCAUCAUCCAUAGAGAUCUUAACUCUGACAACUGCCUGGUGAAACUGGACAACACAGUGGUGGUGGCAGACUUCGGCCUAUCCCGGCUCAUGGUGGAGGAGAAAGUCAAGCACCCUCCCCCAGAGAAACUGGCCAAUAAGAAAAGAGUGUUCAGGCGCAUUGAUCGUAAGAAGCGCUACACAGUGGUGGGGAACCCCUACUGGAUGGCUCCAGAGAUGCUGAACGGUAAACGCUAUGAUGAAAAGGUGGACAUUUUCUCCUUUGGAAUUGUGCUUUGUGAGAUUAUUGGGCAGGUGAACGCCGACCCAGAGUGCCUUCCAAGGACCUAUGACUUUGGCCUCAAUGUAGACAAGUUCAUGGAGAAGUUCCUUCCUGAUGACUGCCCACAAGCUUUCUUUGCAUUGGCUGUGGCUUGUUGUGACCUCAUCCCCGAAAACCGGCCUGCCUCCCAGAAGCUGGAGGACUGUUUCGAAGCCCUGUACCUCAACCAGGAGAUGGGCAUCCCUCUGCCAGCCGAACUGGAAGAGCUGCACCAGAGACUGUGUCGACUCCACCCCCCCAAAGACAGCUCCUCUCCGUCCCAGUCCACACCCCCAACGCCAGCCCCUGCUGAGGAUCCCAGCCUGGCUGACAACAGCACCUAGCCCACCUUCCAGGACCACCGUCUGCACUGGAUGAGGAGUGGGAAAGACAGACCUAACUCGUGCCAUCUGGGAACUGGAUACCCUGCACUAGCUGGACAAAAAACCCAAACACCAGGACAUGCAGGGUACACAUCUAUUUUUACCAUACUACCAGAACAUGUUAUGUGGUGCACUGUCUCUAUAAAAUGAGGAAUCAAAUUGAGAGUGAUCUCUCCACAGCAUUUAAUAUCAAUCCUCACGUGAAAGCUGUUGUGUUUUUCACUGGGUUGUUUUUUUGGGGUUGGUCUGAAGUUGAAGUUUGCUGAGUAUGGAAUGUAGAGAUGAGACCCAGCCCAUGAGAAGACUCCUUCAGCAGGCAGGCAGCAGCAGAGAAAACAGAGAUGUGUGACAGACUGGCUUGAUUGAUGACUGGCUCAGAGUUAACGCAAGACAGGGAGUUUGGAGUGAAGUUUGUUAACCAUCAGGAGGACAUGUCUAAGAACAAAACAAACACUCUCUGAGGAGGCCAAGUCACAUCAGUCAGAUAAAUAUGUGGAGCUGUGUCAAAUGAAUGUUAUGAGCUCACCGACCAGAAAAAUAGUUGUUGAAGAGUGCUUCACCUUGCGGUGUGACUCUCUGAGGUCCUUGAUCUUAGAGAGAACUUUCAAACUGAUGGAAUCAGAUCCACUCUACAACCGUUAAGUGUAAUCAUGUGCACUCAUCCUUCAGUCUUAAGGCGUCCGCAUGCUUUCCAGCCUAAACAUUUCGGAAGAGUUUGUGCAUAUAUAGAUUAUGACAUUUUGUGACAUUCGGUGAGGUUUUUUUUUCAGGUGUUCAGAUGUGAUUGGUCAAAGGUAGGGAUUCUUCAAUAAAGUCUUUGUUGUCAUUCAAUGAGA